CAUAAAGAAGAAGCAUGCCUUCUUGGCUAAAUAUUUUUUGCAAAUCCCGAUCAGAAUCAAGACCCGAACAACCGGAUCAAGCAGAAGAGGACAAGGAAGACAGUAGUAUACUUCUUCGUCGAAUCUAUGUUAUCACCAAGAUAACCAUUUUGAUUUUUCUAUGGCUGUUCUUCACCAUUUGUCUGAUUACAAGUCCAGCCGAAGAAGUACCUAAAUCCUUGGUGACCAUAUUACCCAAUCAGACGGUUGUUAGAAAGUUGAAGCCACUGCCCCACAAUGAUAUAGAAAUUCAACUGGAGGGACCCAUUGACAAAGAUCUCACGGACCAUAUGGAUAACGAGGACGAUGCGAGUUAUGUGGGUGUUCGGGUUGAGCGUCGCGACUCGAAACUGAACGUCACGUAUGUGCAGACUGACUUGUGGAAAGUUUAUAUCGACAAGUCGGAAAAACAUUUUGUAUCGGAUGAGAUCUAUAUGAAAGUCACGCAGGCAAAUGACCAGAAAGACGCAGAGGUGGUCGUAUCAUUCAAGAGCUACAGCGCGGAGCCGGUUUCACUUCUCAUUCAGGUGAACACCAUGCCUGUGGACAAAGAAAAGGGGGUGAUUUAUGCGGGGCUUCUGCUCAUCUUCCUGUACGUGCUAAUCAUCUGGGAGAUUACGGAUCGGACGUUCGCUGCCCUUAUGGUAUCAUCGGCCUCCCUCGCUGUCCUGGCCGCCAUGGGGGCGCGACCCUCCCUGGAAACCAUCGUGUCCUGGAUUGACUUCGAUACCCUUAUGCUGCUGCUGGGAAUGAUGAUCAUGGUGGCCAUCCUAUCGGAGACAGGGGUGUUCGACUACCUGGCAGUGUUCGCCUAUCGCAUGUCCAGCGGUAAUGCCUGGCCCCUCAUGUUCUUCCUGUGCUUUUUCACCGGAAGCUUAUCCGCGUUCCUGGACAAUGUGACGAUGGUGCUGCUGAUGGUGCCCGUCACGAUUCGGCUCUGCGAAGUGAUGGCUGUGCGCACAACUCUGGUGCUGAUCGUGAUCGUGAUCUACUCGAACAUCGGCGGCACUCUGACGCCAGUGGGGGAUCCGCCAAACGUGAUCAUAGCCACCGAUAACGAUGUGGUGAAGGACGGCAUUGACUUCUUCAACUUCACGUUGCACAUGUUUCCAGGCGUGCUUGUCUGCAUGUGCACUUCAUUCAUUAUUUUAUAUUUUAUCAUCCGCAAGAAGCUGUUUAUAGUCGACGUGGACCCAAUGACCCACGCCAUCAAGACGCUGGAGAGGGAGGCGGAGAAAGUGUCACCCACCACGGCAGACGAGGAUGCACUUCGUCAAGAUAUCCUGAAACGCAUCGCAGAGCUGAAGGCUAAGGACAAGGCGAAGAACAGGGCUACGAUAGCCAUGCUAGCGCCAGUCGACAACUACUUCGAGACCCUGGGCGCGUUGGAAGUAAAGUACAGAAUUCGGAACAAGCCGCUCCUGAUUAAGUGCUGCAUUGCCUUGGGGUUCGCCAUUGCCCUAUUCUUUCUCCACUCGUUGCCAUUCCUGGCCGGCGCUUCGCUGGCGUGGAUAGCCAUGCUUGCAGCCCUUCUGCUGCUCAUUCUGGCCAACAAGGAGGCCAUGGAUGUAAUUCUCCUCCAUGUGGAGUGGUCCACACUGCUCUUCUUUGCCGCCCUCUUCGUCAUGAUAGAAGCCAUGUCCGAACUGGGCCUCAUCCAAUGGAUAGGAGACAUCACGGUCGGUGUGAUCCUGAGCGUGGACAAGAAGAACCAGUUGACCGUUGCCCUCAUGAUGCUGCUUUGGAUCACCGCAUUGACCUCCGCCUUUGUCGACAACAUACCCAUCACCCAGAUGAUGCUCAAGCUGACCGUCCAGCUGGCCAAGAACAAGAAGCUCAACCUGCCGCUGUCCCCUCUCAUCUGGGCGCUGUCCUUUGGCGCCUGCUUUGGGGGAAAUGGUACACUGAUCGGCGCCUCGGCCAACGUAGUCACCGCGGGACUGGCCCAGCAGCAUGGCUAUAAGAUCUCCUUCAUGACCUUCUUUCUUGUUGGCUUUCCCGUGAUGAUAUUCACGGUAAUAAUUGCCUCUAUAUAUCUCCUUAUUUCACAUUGCGUAUUUUCCUGGCAUAAGCAAUAAAUAGAUAAAUGAAGUAUCAAAU